AUGGCAGGGGCUUCGUCAAGCGCACUACCUGACGAGUUCAGUGUUUCAACCCCGCCGUCGCAGCCGAUAGGGCCUCCAGGGCACGCCAACAGAGACGGUGCACCCAUCGUUGCCCGGGUGCCAGAAGGCGGCGGAGGGUCGCGUGCGGCCAGUAUGCUGAGACGGGAACAACAAGCAGGUUUGACUACAUUCAGCAACCCAGAGGCUGGGGAACAUCUUUGUCGGUCGACUGCUGUCUUGCCGAGGCAAGAUGGUGGAGCACAAGAAAGCUCUGUCGCCACUGGAGACGCGUCGAUUGACGAGACGAACGAGGAGCAUAGCACGCGGACGAGGUCGGGUCAACAUUUGACCUCUGCACUUGCGCUACCGCGCCCGGUGUCCUCGCCAGCAGCACAGGAACUUGUUGAGGAGGUCAACAGUAGUAGGAGGACGGCGGAGCGAGAAACAAGCGAAAGCCAUGGUGUCGGAAUGGCGGGAUCGGCUACCGCGGGACAACACCUUCCCGCAGACAUCGACAUUGGUGGGACAAUGGAAGCAGCACCUACUGACCUCGCUGCCUUAAGAACGCUCGGCAGUGACAGGACUCCGUCUCUGGACAGUGGGCCGCGCUUGGUUCGAGAAGCUGGGAGCAGACGGGCGUCUCCGCGCGGGAUGGAAGGAACGGGCAGCGGUGCCGCCUCUUCAACACGUGAGGCAAACGCCGGCGAAACCUCCGGCCGCGGUGACAUGGCUCUCCCGGUCCGGGAGCUAGAAGCAGCUAUGAACGGCAUCGAUACCGAGCGGGGGAGGCUAAUUUUGGAGAUCGCUCGUCUCCGUGGGCAGCAGAACCAAUCUCUAGUCCACCUCCAUCGCCUCCAACACGAGCAGUUUGUCGUGCGCCAGCGGCAGGUGUCCACCCUAUCCGACAUUGUCAACAGCUUUGGUCGAACCGUGGCGGCGGCGGGCGCGCUCCCUCACGGGGAGGACUCUUCUCUGGGGCGCAUCAGCAGCGACGUUGUGUCCACGCUGCGGCGGAUGCUCCGUCUCUUGUCUGCGACGGUCCCCGCUGCGACUGCUGCACAGUCAGCCCCGGGCAACUCUCCCGUGCUGACGACGACGUCUUCAGUACCCGAUGGCGCCCCGCCCCCCGCGCCCAACGCACCACGUCCCGCCGCUGUACGAGAAGGACAGGCAGCCAGUGGCUCCGCCGGCACUUACUCCGUGGGAGGGCGGGUAGCGCUACGGCCCGCCGGAGUGGACCUCACGCAAGAGGUGAUCGAUGCCGCUCUCCAGGCGCUUCCCAGAUUGGCGGCCGCGGCGACGGCGAUAUCGGGUGCAAGCCGCAUGCAAGGAUACCUUGCGGACCUGGCCGGUGGUGAAGCAAGCGAUACCGCGGGGCGUAGGAGCGACUACACUGGUCGUUGCUGCUCAAAAGAGACUAUUGCCGCGCUCCCGGAUGCCUCUCAACCCGUGGAGGGGGCUGUUGGAGAAGUUGACGGCGGUGGUGUUCGGGGGUGCGUGAUCUGCCUGUCGGAGAAUGACACGGCAGGGCAGCACCUCUGUCGCCUCCCCUGCAACCACGUCUUCCACAGGGUCUGUGUUGGGAAGUGGCUCUCGAUGCAGGAUUCGUGUCCGACCUGUAGGAGGCAAGUGCCGAAUGUCGAAAUUGGCUCCACUCUCGCAACUACGGCGCCCCCCCAUGAAGUGGCGUGA